GAUUCUGAGCAACCCAACAUUAGAAGAUGAAGGAAAACGGCAUCAAAUAUACAGCUCUGAUGUUCUUCUUUGCAGUCGCCAUAGAAAUUGGAGGAAUCUCAGCUCAAAGCUCCCUGACCUGUAGAAACCGACCAAGCCCGUGCUUCCGCAAGCAGGUUGGAUGCCCGAAGGAGUGCCCGGUUGCAAAACCAUCGGACCCAAAAGCCAAAGGAUGCUUUCUGGACUGCAACUCACCCAAAUGUGAGACAGUCUGCCGUGGUCGAAAAGCCAAUUGCAACGGAUUGGGAUCUGGCUGCUAUGACCCUCGCUUCAUUGGCGGCGAUGGCAUUGUGUUCUACUUCCAUGGGAGGAGAGAUGAGUACUUCAGUCUGAUAUCCGACCCCAACCUGCAGAUCAAUGCACGCUUCAUUGGCACCCGGCCUGCUGGAAGGACCCGUGACUUCACGUGGAUUCAAGCCCUUAGCAUCAUGUUCAGUUCGCACGCUUUCACCGUGGAGGCAACUAGAACCGAACGAUGGGAUGAUGCCGUCGACCACCUCCAUUUCACAUAUAAUGGAGAGCCCUUGGAAGUCCCAGAAGGCCAUCUCUCUGAAUGGAAGACAAUUGAUAAGAAGCUGGCGGUGGAGAGGACUGGAAGCAGAAACAGCAUCAUGAUCACAGUGGAGGGAAUUGCAGAGGUUUCGCUAAAUGUGGUUCCGGUCACCAAGGAAGAUGAUAGGAUCCACAACUACCACAUACCAUCUGAUGACUGCUUCGCACACUUGGAGGUGCAGCUCAGAAUCUUUGGGCUAUCUCCGAAUGUGGAAGGAGUUCUUGGCCGAACAUACCGUCCAAACUUCAAUAAUACAGCAAAACCAGGGGUAGCAAUGUCAGUAGUAGGUGGAGAGGACAAGUACAGGACCUCUUCACUUCUAUCCCCAGAUUGCAAGCUGUGCUUAUUUUCACCUGUGACUGUUAACUAAAUGGUGGCACAAUAUAAUGAUAUCAAGUAGUGAAGUCAAUUAAGCACUAUAAGAAGCGAUCUGAAAGAAAUCAAGUUCUUAAUGUGGUUUAAGGAUUUCUAAUUUAACAAAAGUGAUAUGGUUGGAUUUUCACACGUGAAAGAACAACAUUUUCA